CAAAUUGUUACGAGCUGCCUUGACCUCUCCAUGGAGCCUUGCUACCAACAAACCAAUGAAAUCUCUAUAUUUCCAAAAAGCUCACCUCUUUGUUCUGUCAACAAAGCAGAUGAUUGAUUUGCCUGCGUCCCCUUGCCAAUCCGCAUCUUUCAUCCUGUUCUGCUCGUGCAUGUCUGCCUGUUGCCUUUCUUUGUGCAGCACAUUCUAUCCAGGCAGAAUUAAAUGCCUCCCAAGUAACAGGCAAUCAGGCAGGCAGACUCGUUUCUUAGUCAGAUAGUUGCCGUCCCAUACUCAGUAGCAUUUACUUCUUGCCCAUUUUUCUGAGCGGGACAUCAGGAAGCGGACGCCGGAUAUGUCCCCACAUUUGAUAUAUUCCCAAGCCAUCCCCCAUACGUGCAUAUUCAUACGUGCAUGUUCAUAGCACUUAUUUAUUUUUAUAUCAUCCAGGAAGCAGCAACUAGAUUCUGCGGGCGCUGUGGGGUUUCCUAAGAAACGGGCGCCCAGGAUUCCAGAAAGAAUGCGCAAUGACCAGACUGGCUUUCCGGCGGCGUUCUACUGAAAUGGUCGAUCCAUUCACGGUGACACCCUUUUCCGUCCAGCGUCCAUGGCACCGCUGUAUAGACUGACAUAAUUCUUGCCUGUCUCGUUGACAGAAGAGUGGGCAGGCGGAACAGUGGCUAAAGCUUGGUUUUUAUUCUUUCUUUUCUUUUUGUUUCGACAUGUUCGUUCAAUCAUGGGUCUCCCUGUUCUUUCUCCGGGAUCCGGACUGCUGUCAAUCUGUCAAUCUGUCAACUGCCAGUGAACGGGUGAUUUUCUGGUUCGCCCAAGCUGUUGGAGAGGAGGCGAUCGUUCGCAGCCUACGGAUUACAUGGUGAAUUAUGGAAGUGACUGGUCCUUGUUUUGGACGAUGGGCUGUGUGGUUGCUCUAUUCUCUCCCCCUCCCUCCCUUUCUUUUCUUUUCUUUUUUCAUUUUUAUUUUUUUCGGUUCAUUCAUGAUUAAAGGGGAAAAAAGAGGGAGGGACAUGGUUAUGGCUGGUGUGCGAUUAUAUAUAUAUGUAUAUAUAUAUCGGAUUUUGGAUCUCCUGCGGACGUUGCAGGUCGUUUGCGUCGUUGAAGACGAUGUCAGUAUUAUUAUCCCUUUUCUGAGACCUUUUCUGCACGGUCUUUUCAUUCUGCACAUUCACACAUAAUGAUGUACAUUACAUGCCCUUGCUCCACGGUAUGGCGUCUAAUGGUGCAUCUGACACCCGGAGCCUAGCAUUGCUGCUAGGAAUGGUGAAGCCUCUUCAGCAGCCUUCUAUAUAAGGUCGCUUUGAUCUCCUUCGCUCGUCGAGUUCGGCGGCAUCCGCGGCUAAUUCAAGCUCUAUUUGUGUGUUUUUCUAUCUUCUCUGUCAGUUCUUGCAUCUUCACUGUCGUGGUUUCCACCCAGCCAUAGCAAGCAUUGAGCGUUGUGUUUUGACGGUUACGUUACUCCAGUGUUGCUUAAGCAGCCAUCCAUUCCGCCCUCCUCACUUAACCCUUCUGGCCGUAGCAACUAUCUCCCUAUUAUAUAUACCUCUUAUUGUUUGAUGUGAGGUAAUUGGCAUCGCAACUGUGAGCAACUUGAGAAGACCCGUAUUGUUCGUGCAGGAUUUUUACACGUUCUGCUUUCCCUCUUGUCCGCUCAUCAUCCGCAGUUUGUCAAAGCCAUUGGUCGCUCGUGGUACAAACCUCCCCCUAUCCCCGACCUCUCGCCGCUCACCAUUUAUAUAAGGAGCAUCCAUUCCAGACUCCAGCUACGUCGGAAUGGCUCCCCUAAGUGAGCUUCAUGAGCUCACUCGGCGGGAUCAGACAUUCCACGCCGGGAUGACCAAUGUUGUCGUUCCGCUUCUCCUGCUGCCCAGUAUCGCUAUCCUCCUGGUCGUCAAUCGUAUCUACUUCCGCCUAAAGUUGGCUAGAGUUUUGGUAUGGGACGAUUAUUGUAUUAUUGCUGCUAUAAUUUGUUGCAUUGCAAUGAAUACUUUCCCGCUUGUUGGUAUUGCUUACGGCUACGGGAAACCGUGGGAUGAGCUGACAACAUAUGAGCAGAUGGUAUCUAUGAAGUUGUUUUGGGCCGUGCAACUCGGCUACAAAUUCACCUUGAAUUUCAGUAAAAUGUCGAUUCUCCUCCUAUACCGGCGCCUCUUCGCCACGCGCAAAUUUCAAAUUUCAGUCAACAUCGUCUUCACAUUUGUCGUUCUCUACUUCAUCGCCUCUGUCGUGGCAAACCUUCUCGAAUGCAGACCCGUCGAGAAAAACUUCGACAUGGCAAUCCCAGGCAAAUGCAUAAACAUUACAGCUCAUUGGUUUGCAAAUGCAAUUUCAACAUCAAGCAGCGAUAUUGUCACUCUUCUUCUUCCUAUGCCGGUAAUUCAUAGAUUACGUCUUCCUCCCCGACAGAAAUAUGCCUUAAUGGGCAUUUUUGCUCUGGGAAUAUUCGUCUGCAUAAUAUCAAUAAUACGCAUGACAACCAUUAUCGGCGGCUCAAAAGCCCAUGACCGGAGUACAGACACAGUUAGCGCUUUGCUGUGGGCGCUGGUCGAGGCCAACACCUCUAUAAUUUGCGCAUGCCUGCCCAUGCUCCGCACGCCACUUUCCAUGCUAUUCCCAAACCUUUUCCCCCCAUUCCACUACGGAGGCGAGACACUUUCCCGCCAAAGCUCGAUAACCGCCGCGGAAGCCGCUGACACUGUGGAACACCCCGGACAAACGCAACAUAAUCAGGAGCUCAAGUCGCCGGAUACCUCGUCGAAAACUACCACGAUACAGGUCUCGAUCAGCCCGAGGAAAGACGAGGAUGGUCUGUGUUCGCCUGGGGAAAGGGAGAGCGAAAAGGACGGGGUCCAGAUAUCGUCCGGGCAGAGGCAGAGAGGUGAUGAUGAUAGGUCCUUUUCUAUCAGCUCUCCUAGACCCCUCACAACUGCGAUACCCCUUUCCUCCUCGCCAGUCACGCCCCUGCCAUCCCCUCCACCAUCAGGGACCAACACAGGCGCCAACACGUGGCGUAAGGAGCAAUGAGUUGUUCACUCUCAAGCCAAUUUGUUAGAAAUGGCAAUUUCUCGAUAUACAUAGUGCUGUCGAGAAUACGUAUACGUCUAGAAUCAUGGACGGCCUAUUGCGAUGCCUAUGGUCCAGGAUUUCCUUCCUUGCGUCUGCACCCGCGCCCGCGCCCAAACAUCAGGCUAAUAUAACUAUGUGCCGCAUGAUGUGAAAUGCCAUUCAUGCCUCUCUUCUGUUCUUUGAAAUGACAUGGUACGAUCUACUUUCUACUUUCUGAUUGACGCCUCUCUAUAUACUCUCCGGUGUAUGCCAAAGGUUUUCACUCAUGUUUGCGUUUUUCUCACUCUUUCUAGCGUCCUACUCUCCUUAAAUUAUAUUCCCUUUUAUACGAUUGUCCUUUUUUUUUUUUUUUUUUUUUUU